GCCUGGCUUUCGCUUGGCAGCCAGGGCCGAAGAGACAAUCUUAUGGCAACCAAUGGGCACCCAGAGCUGAGGCUAGCAGCGGGAAGGCGGUGCGGUCAGGUGCUCUGCGCCGUGGUUGCGUGCAGGUGAGCCGCUGCGGGUUCAGCGGAAGCCCCUCGCUCCCGCCACCUCCCCGCGGAUACCGUGUCUCGUCCUGGCCCUACCUUCCCAUAGCCCCAGACCGAUGCGGCCCGACCGGAUCGCUUCGAGGAUUUUCUUUCACUGAACUGAUCAAGCACUUUGAAAAUGACUCCACAGUUUCUCUUGGUGUCCUUCGUACUUGCUGCACUAACUCUUGAAACUACAUUUUCUCUCCAACCAGACCAGCAAAAGGUUCUACUAGUUUCAUUUGAUGGAUUCCGCUGGGAUUACUUAUAUAAAGUUCCAACACCCCAUUUUCAUUAUAUCAUGCAAUCCGGUGUGCAUGUGAAGCAAGUUACUAAUAUUUUUAUUACAAAGACCUACCCUAACCAUUAUACCUUGGUAACUGGCCUCUUUGCAGAGAAUCAUGGGAUUGUGGCAAAUGACAUGUUUGAUCCUAUUCUGAACAAAUCUUUCUCCUUGGAUGACAUGAAUAUUUAUGAUUCUGAGUUUUGGGAAGAAGCGACACCAAUAUGGGUUACCAAUCAGAGGGAAGGACAUAGCAGUGGUGCAGCCAUGUGGCCUGGAGCAGAUGUAAAGAUACAUAACAGUUUUCCUACUCAUUACAUGCCUUACAAUGAGUCCAUGUCAUUCGAAGAUAGAGUUGCCAAAAUUAUUGAGUGGUUUACAUCAAAAGAGCCCAUAAAUCUUGGUCUUCUCUAUUGGGAAGAGCCUGAUGACAUGGGUCACCAUUUGGGACCUGACAGUCCCCUCAUGGGGCCUGUCAUAUCAGAUAUUGACAAGAAGUUAGGAUAUCUCAUACAAAUGCUGAAAAAUGCAAAGUUGUGGAACACUGUGAACCUCAUCAUCACAAGUGAUCAUGGAAUGACCCAGUGUUCUAAGCAAAGGGUGAUAGAACUUGACCAGUAUGUGGAUAAAGAACACUAUACCCUGAUUGACAGAUCUCCGGUAGCUGCCAUCUUGCCCAAAGAAGGUAAAUUUGAUGAGGUCUAUGAAGCACUAGCUCAUGCCCAUCCUAAUCUUACUGUUUACAAAAAAGAGGAGAUUCCGGAAAGAUGGCAUUACAAAUACAACAAUCGAAUUCAACCAAUCAUAGCAGUGGCUGACGAAGGAUGGUACAUUUUACAGAAUAAGUCAGAUGACUUUUUGUCAGAAUCUGGAGCCAGCAGUGGGAGGAUUGGCACCACUUUGGACACAGGCAAGUGGAAUGUGCUACAGCUUUUGUAUGAGCACCCAGCAACUACUGGGGUCACCCCCCAACCCAGUCAGUGGGGGCAACCACAGCAGUUCAGGAGCAACUGACUGGGAUGGUCUCCACAACACCAGCUGCAGCCACUCAGCAACAGGUGCGGAGGUGAACCCAUCCCGACGGAAGGGAAGUGCCACCUGCAGGACUCUCCUGUGCACCCAGCACAACUAUGGAAAAAGCUGGGCUGUAGAUAGAGAGCUGCAGAUAGAGAGCACACCUGUGACCCAGAGGUCUUACCAGAGACAUUCCCCCACAGACUUUGAAUCUGGUUGGGAGGAUUGGACUCAAUCCAGCGGGCUAGAACAAAUGGACAGCGGCUCUGGGAACACCUGUCUCCUUGCAGAUGAUGGGCUAGUAGGGGAGAGUGGCUUACUUGCAGUCCUUGACCCCGACAGCCCUGAGUGAUGAGAAUGAGAAAACACUGUGACUGCAUGAGAGGAGUCAGACUGUAUCUGGGUUCAGGGUAAUCACAGAAUGCUGCUGCACACUCUCACAGCUCCUUGGUUGUCUACAGCAGCUCAUAGCAGAGGGAACCAUGCUCACAGGAAGGGCUGCGCAGAUCAUGUAUGUGGUUCAUAUGAUGGUGCAGAUGAGAGUUAAACAUACUUCUGGGCUAACACCUUGCCAUUCCUCAGCUUGAAGGAGAAGGGGUGGUCACACCAACAGAGGUGACCAUUCCUCUAUCCAGCUACCCAAGGAGAGCUACCACACCCAAAUUAGGUGUUAUCCUGGAUACUCACCCCAUCCUGAAGCACUGAAUUGAGCUCCCUGGCCAUACCCACAAGACACCUCUUGGUAUUCACUGAAAGUAGACAUUCCACCAAGCCACAGAGGAAUAACUCGAAGAUAAAAUCCAUCGGAGGAAAAAAAUUCUACAAAUGCCUAGAAAUAAAUGCAUAAAUUCAAGAAACAAGAAUGAGGAAGACACUACGACCCCCUCAAAGGAACACAACAUUUCAAUAUUAGAAUGUGCAGAUGGAAGAGAUUGAGAAAAUGCCAAAAAUGAAAUUUUAAAAAUUAAUCAUAGGACUACUAAAAAGCAAUCAGAAGCAAAUCCACAAACUAAAGAAAACCUUAAAUGAUAUGAAUGAAAAUUAGUCCCAUAAAAUUGAGAUUUAAAAAAAAUUAAAAUGAAUUAUUACAAAUGAAGAAUUCAAUAGAUCAAAUAAAAAUGCACUGGAAAGCCAUAACAAUAGAGUUAAUAAGGCAAAAGAAAAAUAGCCAAGCUAGAAGACAAAUCUCUGGAUUUUUUACAGUAAUACCAAAAAAAAAAAAAAAGAGAGAGAGAGAAGAAGAAGAAAUUAGAGAACUUAAAAACAGUGCUGGGGAUCUAUGGGAUACUACCAAAAGAUUCAAUGUAUGGGUCUUAGGAGUGCCUAAAGGUGUGGAAAGAGAGAAGGGACUAGAAGGCCUAAUUAAUGAAAUAAUUACAAAAAACUUCCAUAAUUUGGAAAAAGAAAGGAAAGUCCAAGUAGAGGAAGCACAUAGAACUCCUAACAGACAUAACAGAAAAGAUCUUCACCAUGACAUAUUAUAGUCCAACUUUCCACAGUAAAGCAUAAAGAAAGAUUCUAAAAUGUGCAUGAGAGAAGCAUCAGAUUACUUUCAGAGAAUCUCCAACCAGACUCACAGCAGACUUUUCAUAAGAAACCCUACAGGCUAGAAGACAAGAUGAGAGAAAAAAAAAAAAAAACUGUCAACCCAGAAUACUGUACCCUGUAAAGCUCUCAUUUAUGAAUCAAGGUGAAAUAAAGACCUCCCAUGACAAAUAGAAACUGAAAGAAUUUGUCAUCACUAGUCCAGCAUUACAAAAGAUGCUAAAUGAUGUGCUACACACAGAAACACAGGAAGAAAGCUAUCACCAUGAAAGAAUGUAAAGACAGGAAAUCCCCCCAGUAAAAGUACAAAAGAAUUCCAAAGUAAAUGUCAGGAAUACUCACAGAAAAAUGGCAAGGCCGAGUAGUUACUUAUCAAUAGUUACCUUGAAUGUAAAUGGCUUUAACUCUCCUGUUAAAAGAUACAGAUUGGAUGAAUGGAUUCAAAAGCAAGACUCAUCUAUUUGCUGCCUACAAGAAACACACCUCAUCAACAAAGAUGCACACGGACUGAAAGUGAAAGGAUGGAAAAAGAUAUCCCAUGCUAACAGAAAGAAAAAAAGGGCAGGAGCAGCCAUCCUAAUAUCAGACAAGACAGACUUUAACACAAAAACUGUUAAAACAGACAGAUAAGGACACUAUGUAAUGAUUGAGGGAAUCAAUACAAUAGGAAGACAUUACUAUAAUAAAUGUAUAUAUACCCAAUCUACAGGGCACCAGCCUAUUUAAAAGAACUGUUAACAGAUUUAAAGGGAGACAUAGACUCCAAUACAAUAGUAAUGAGGGACUUUUCACCCCACAGUGGCAGAAUACACAUUCUUCUCAGCAGUGUAUGGAACAUUCUCUAGGAUAGACCACAUACGAGGCAAUAAAGUAAGUCAGCAAAUUUUAAAAAAUCAAAACCAUACCAUGAACCUUCUCUGAUCACAAUGGAUUGAAGUUUGAAACCAACAACUCAAAAAUAGUACCCUGGGGGUUCUAGUCCUGGUUGGGGCGCCGGAUUCUGUCCCCGUUGCUCCUCUUCCAGGCCAGCUCUCUGCUGUGGCCCAGGAAAGCAGUGGAGGAUGGCCUAAAUCCUUGAGCCCUGCACCCACAUGGGAGACCAGGAGGAAGCAACUGGCUCCUGGCUUCAGAUUGGCACAGCGCGCCAGCCGUAGCAGCCAUUUGGGGGGUGAGCCAACGGAAGGAAGACCUUCCUCUCCGCCUCUCUUUCUCUCACUAACUCUGCCUGUCAAAAAAAAAAAAAAAAGAAUCUCUAGAACACAUGCAAAUA